AGCAUCACCCUUCGAUACGAACCCAUACCUUCUCUGCUUCACUGAAAACCCUUUUCCGGCGACGAUGGCGAACCUCCGACGAGCUUUUCUGGUGGUUCUUUGCCUCUUCGCGGCGGUGGCAACGGUGACGGCGAGGGAAAUGCGCGGCUCUUCCUUGAUGAACGUUUUUCCAAGCAGAGAUCCCAUGGAGGAUGAGUGGUUGACGUACCAAGAGUGGCUGACGAAGCAUGGAAAGUACUACAAUGAUCUGGACGAGGUGAGUAGGAGGUUUGAGAUCUUCAGGGAUAAUCUAAGGUAUAUCAAGGAGCACAACUCCGGAGAUCAUGGAUACAAGCUUGGUUUGAAUCGAUUCGCUGAUCUCACUAACGAGGAGUUCAGGGAGAAGCAUUUUGGGGCUCUGAUUGAUGGGAGGAGGAGGAUUCAGGGGAGGAUCACCAGUGAUCGGUAUAAGCACCGUGAAGGCGAUGAUCUGCCGGAGAGUGUUGAUUGGAGGGCUAAGGGCGCCGUCGGACCCGUCAAGGAUCAAGGAACUUGCGGGAGCUGCUGGGCUUUCUCAUCAGUGGCAGCAGUGGAGGGGAUAAACCAAAUUGUGACAGGGGACAUGAUACUGUUAUCAGAACAAGAGCUUGUGGAAUGUGAUACUGAGAGUAACCGAGGUUGUUUUGGUGGGAUCAUGGAUGAUGCCUUUAAUUUCAUCAUCGACAAUGGUGGGAUUGAUACUGAGGAGGACUAUCCUUAUACUGGCCAAGAUGGCCAAUGUGAUGCAAAUAGGAGGAAUGCAAAUGUUGUUACUAUUGAUUCUUUUGAGGAUGUUCCUGAGAAUGAUGAGAAAGCAUUGAAGAACGCUGUUGCUCACCAACCUGUUAGUGUUGCUAUUGAAGCUGGAGGCAAAAACUUCCAACUAUAUGAAUCUGGAAUCUUUACAGGAAACUGCACAACAGCCCUGGAUCAUGGUGUGACAGCAGUAGGUUAUGGCACUGAGAAUGGUACUGAUUAUUGGAUCGUGAAGAACUCAUGGGGCAAAAUGUGGGGAGAGGAUGGCUACAUCAGGAUGGAACGCAAUGUAAAUGACACAACUGGCAAGUGUGGCAUUGCAAUGAUGGCCUCAUAUCCGAUCAAGGAAGGGCAGAACCCGCCCAAACCAAGUCCGUCCCCUCCGACUCCAGUGAAACCUCCAACUGUUUGUGACAACAGCUUCUCCUGCUCUCGAGGCACUACUUGUUGCUGUGUCUAUGAAGAUUACGAUAAUGAAUGCUUAGCAUGGGGAUGUUGUCCUUUUGAGUCUGCUAUUUGCUGUGAAGACCAUUUCAGCUGCUGUCCACAUGACUACCCCAUUUGUGAUGUUUAUCAUGGAACCUGCCUAAUGAGCAAAGACAAUCCUCUUGGAGUGAAGGCUUUCACCAGGACUCCUGCAAUGCUUAACUUCCGGCCCAAUUAUGAAGGCAGGAGUGAUGCAUGAGAAGCUUUUAAUUGUUUUAUGGCUCUUGAUUGAUCAUUAGGAACUCAUGUAAAUAUUGCUGCUUUUUAGUUGCUUCUUUUUUUUUUCCUUAUAUUUUGGAUAAACAAGAAGUUUGUUUGUGUGGUGCUAUUUGAAUGAUUUUAUUAUUUAUUUGAUGA